CGAAGAGACAGAAUGAGAGAGAGAAAACCAGCGAGAAAAGGAAAUGACUGGCAAACCAUUAAAGGUCGUUAAACAAUCUCAUAAUUUCAUUUCCUCCUUGAAGUUUACCUGGGACUCCCAAAUAUUUUUUUUUGGCUGUAGCUGUGGCCCAAUGUAAAAUAGGAACUGGGGCCGUGUGUUGCAAUCCUGUGGCUAUUCAGCAGCGAGGAGCACCUCCCCUCACGUUGGGAGCAUUUAUAAGGCACCCCUUUCCUCUGCAGACUUUGGGACUCAGGACUUUGUUUCCUCCACACCACAGAGCCAACCUUCAGCUGCAGCUCCAGCCCGAGGCUUCCCAGGAAACGAUGUCUCACCUCCUCCGUGCCUUACUGUCCUUGUUGUCCUUUGCUGCCCUACUGGAAAGUGCCCAGUGGAAACUGCAGGAAAAUGUGUUUGUCAUAGAAUCCCAGUGGAAUGCUGAGGCCCCAGCCACCACAGUGGAGCUCACCUGUAACACCUCUGAGGAGGCAGUUUACUGGAAAAAGGACUCGGAAUGGAAACAAGAAGGGAAGACUCUGACUGCUGCAGUGAAGGAGUUCCCAGAUGCCGGCAACUACACCUGUCUGAGCCAGGAGAGCCAUGAAGUCCUCGACUCCAACCUCCUCCUCAUCGCUAAAAUCGACUCCAAGGGGCAGAUGAUGAGGUGGAUUCUGAAAAGCUUUCAAGAGCCCAAGUGGACAUUUCUAAAGUGUGAGGCAAAGAACUACUCUGGAAUUUUCACAUGUUCCUGGAUGACAGAAAAUAACAGUCCAAAUGUGAAGUUCACCAUCAGAAGCCUGAAAGGCCCCCAGGGAGACGUGUCCUGCAGCAGCCCCGUGCCUCACACCGAGGGGGCCCUGACCACGUACACGGCCCAGUGCCACAAGGAGAACUUCUGUGCCUUUGCUGAGGAGCACCAGCCCAUCGACAUCUUCCUGGAGGUCAUCGACGAGGUGGAAUAUGAGAACUACACCGCCAGCUUCUUCAUCAGGGACAUCAUAAAGCCUGAUCCCCCCCAGUGUCAGUACGUGGCCACCAAUGGAACAGUGACCUGGACGUACCCCAGAACCUGGAGCACCCCAAACUCCUACUUCCCUUUGACCUUCAAGGUCAAAGUUAAAAGCACAAAGAGACACAAAUACCAGGUGUAUGACACCGACGAGCAGUCCGUGCAGCUGCCAGCCCCCGGGCCAGCAGAGGUGUCAGUGCAGGCCAGGGACCGCUGCUACCUCUCCUCCUGGAGCGAGUGGUCCUCGCUGUGCAGGUAAGGAUGCACCGAGGCGGGGCGGGGAGUCCUGCUCUGAGAGACCUGGGAGAACUCUGAUGGAAAUGGCCUUAUUUUACAGAUAACCAGUAGGAGAUCCCGGGAGGGUGGCACAGCGCUCCUAGAGACAGCAAAGAACGAAUUAGCACAAGAACAGAAGCACAGUUAGAAGAAAAGUUUGCGUUUGAGACUCUUAAGAAGCCAUAACUUAUCUUGCUUUGUAAUAGUUGAAUGUGGUCCUGAUUUUGGCAGCUCUUAAAUUCCCCAGACUCGAGUCACACCUU